AUGGUUGAAGAGCAAACACUAAAGAAGGAUCAUCCACAUCGACUAGCGUCACAGCACGAACUGGCGAGUGCGUAUCUGGAAAAUGGGCAAGUCGAGGAGGCAGCGCCACUAUUAGAGCAGGUGGUCACGAUCAGCAAACAGACUCAUGGGGAGGAUCAUCCAGAUCGACUAACAUUGGAGCACUUACUCUCUACGAUAUACUGGGACCUUGAAAAUCGUAAGGCUGCUAUACAAAUGAUGCAACAUGUGGUUGAGAUUCGACGGCAGGUCCUUGAUGAAGAUCACCCUGAUCGAAAGAAUUCUGAGGACUGGCUUAAGCAUUUUGAGUCUGAGAUAGGCCGCGCCGAGGCUGAACGAAUGUCCGAUACAGAAGAAAAGAAACGUGACAGCAAGAGGCGGACGAGAUAG